AUGCGUGAAGCGGGAGACUUUCAACUAUCCCUGUCUUGUUCAAGUUCCCGCAUUGGCCGGUUACUCUCCUUCUCUCGCCUCUCCGCCACUUUCACAAGUAAUAGUGGUGCUGGUGGUAGUAGCAGUAUCAGCAGCAGCAGGAGCACCAGCACUAACACCAGCAGCACCACUAGCACCAGCAGCACCAGCAGCACCAGCGGCAACACCACUAGCUGCAGCAGCACCAGCACCAGCAGCAAUACCACCAGCUGCAGCAGCAUCACCACCAGCAGCAUCACCACUAGCACCAGCAGCACCAGCAGCACCAGCAGCAACACCACUAGCUGCAGCAGCAGCAACACCAGCAGCAGCACCAGCACCAGCAGCAAUACCACCAGCUGUAGCAGCACCACCACCAGCAGUAGCAGGAGCACCAGCACUAGCACCAGCAGCACCACUAGCAGCAGCAGCACCAGUAGCACCAGCGGCAACACCACUAGCUGCAGCAGCAGCAACACUAGCAGCAGCAGCAGCAGCAACAGCAGCACCAGCACCAGCAGCAGCACUAGCACCAGCAGCACCAGCAGCAACACCAGCACCAGCAGCAGCAGCACCAGCAGCACCAGCAGCACCAGCAGCAACACCACUAGCUGCAGCAGCAGCAACACCAGCAGCAGCACCAGCACCAGCAGGAAUACCACCAGCUGCAGCAGCAGCAGCACCACCAGCAGCAGCAGCACCACUAGCACCAGCAGCACCAGCAGCACCAGCAGCAUCAACACUAGCAGCAGCAGCAGCAGCAACAGCAGCACCAGCACCAGCAGCACCAGCACCAGCAGCACCAGCACCAGCAGCAGCACCAGCACCAGCAGCACCAGCACCAGCAGCGCCAGCAGCAACAGCACCAGCACCAGCAGCAGCAGCACUAGCACCAACAGCAACACCACCAGCAGCAGCACCAGCAGCACCAGCAGCAACACCACCAGUUGCAGCAGCAGCAACAGCAACAGCACCACCAGCAGCAGCAGCAGCACCACCACCACCACUAGCAGCAGCAGCAGUAGCAGUAGUACCAGCACCAGCACCAGCCCCAGCACUAGCACCAGCAGCACCAUUAGCAGCAGCAGCACCAGCAGCAGCAGCACCACCACCAGCUGCAGCACCAGAACUAGUACCAUUACCAGCACCAGUAGCAGCAACAGCACCAGCACCAGCAGCAGCAGCAGCAGCAGCACCACCACCACCACCACUAGCAGCAGCACCAGCAGCACCACUAGCACUAGUACCAGCAACAGCAGCACCACUAGCAGCAGCACCAACACCAGCACCAGCAGCAAUACCAGCACCAAUACCAAUACCAGCACUAGCACCAGCACCACCACCAGUAGCAGCACCAACACUAGCACCAGAACCAGCACCAGCAGCACUAGCACUAGCACUAGCACCAGCAGCACCACUAGCAGCAGCAGCAGCAGCGGCACCACCACCACCACCACCAGCUGCAGCACCAGAACCAGUACCAGUACCAGCACCAGUAGCACCACUAGUAGCAGCACCAACACCAACACCAGAACCAGUACCAGCACUAGCACCAGCAGCACUACUGGCAGCAGCAGCAGCACCAGCAGCAACACCAGCACCAGCAGCAGCAACAGCACUAGCACCAACAGCACCACCACCACCACUAGCAGCAGCACCAGCACCAGCAGCAGCAGCACCACUAACAGCAGCAGCACCACCACCAGCAGCUGCAGCACCAGAACCAGUACCAGUAUCAGCACUAGUAGCACCACUAGUAGCAGUAGCCAACACCAGCACCAGCAGCACCAACAGCAGCAGCAGCAGCAACAGCAACAGCAGCACCAACAACAGCACCAGCAACAACACCAGCACCACCACCAGUAGCAGCACCAACACUAGCACCAAAACCAGCACCAGCAGCACCAGCACCAGCACU